ACCACACCCACCACCACCACCACCACCACCACACCACCCACCACACCUACCACCACCACCACCACCACACCUACCACCACACACCCACCACCACCUACCACCACACCUACCACCACCACACCUACCACACCACCACACACCACCACCACCACCACACCUGCCACCACCACCACCACCACACCUACCACCACCACCACCACCACCAUCCCA